AUGGCAGUCAGAAAACGAUCGCAGAAGUUAAUUCAGGAAAGGAAUGCAAAAAGAAGGAGACAGGAGGACUCUUUGUUGGAAAGUGGAUUGUUCAAAGAAGAUAUUGAUGAAGAGGACAUCAAUAAUGCAAUCGACUCAGGCUCUGCAGGGAAAGGAUCUUGGGAAGAUGAGGAACAGGAUUAUGAGUUAAAGCCUCGGAAGCUGGAUUCUUUAGAUGUUGUAGAGGGUUUGCCUAUUAAGAUUAAUGGGAAGUUGGAACGGAGGAUGCGCGAGGUUUCUAACGAAGCAGUCGAGAGUGAUUCUGAUGGAGAGCGAAACAAGCAAGAAAUUAUGCAUUCGGGUGGUGGUGAUGAUGAUGACCAUGAGAAUGACCAUGAGAAUGACCAUGAGAAUGACCAUGAUCAAGUGGUGAUAGACACUGAGGACAGGAUACUUGAGAUAAAAGAGAUGAUUGCCGAGUUGGUGGAGAACAUAAUGGAGGAACCUGAGGAACAUACAUCAGCCUUGACUCGUUUGCGGAAAAUGGCAGAAUCGAAGAAUCCUAAUACUUGCAAAUUCUCUCUACUUGCAUUGGUACCUGUAUGGAAAUAUAUUAUUCCGGGGUAUAGAAUCAGGCCAUUGACGGAGGUUGAAAAGAAGGAAAAGGUCUCAAAAGAUGUUGCCAAGUUGAGGAAUUUUGAGGAAAAGAUAGUUUUAAACUAUAAACUUUAUGUGGAUAAUUUGUCCGUUUUGGCCCGUACUGCUAAUAAUGAGUCUCCGAUCAAGGUUGGUUUGGCCAAUGUUGCUUUAACAGCUGCCGUUGAAUUGGCCGGUAGCUUUUCACACUUUAACUUCAGGCAGGAAGUUUUAACAAUUAUCAUUCGGAGAGUUUGUAAACCUAACCCUAGCGCGGAUCCUGUGUUCCAAAAAGCUAUUAAAUGUCUAGAAGUUUUACUCAGUGAAGAUGAUGAAGGCAAUGUCGCGUUGGACAUUUUAAGGAUAAUUUCUAAAACAAUGAAAGUAAGGAGCUACAAUGUGGAUGAAUCCGUACUGAAUAUAUUUUUGUCCUUAGAUAUUUUAAACGAUUACAAUUCUAAUACCAAGUUUGAUGAGCCUACUAAGCUUAAGCAGAAGAAGAAAGACCGAGUUCAUUUAUCAAAAAAGCAGAGGAAGGCCAGAAAGGAAAUGAAAGAAAUUGAAGAAGAAAUGCGUAAAGCAGAACAAGCAGUCUCUGCUGAGGAAAGAGAAAAGAACCAGGGGGAAAUUCUAAAAUUGCUUCUAACAUUAUACCUCAACAUUUUGAAAGCUAGCAACAGUAGGCUAAUUGGUUCAGUUCUAGAAGGUUUGGCGAAGUUUGGUCAUAUGGCAAAUUUUGAUCUACUAGGUGACUUUCUGACGGUAAUGAAGGAAAUUAUAGCUGAAGCCAAAUUAGAUGAUUUGUCAGCUAGUGAAGUCCGUAAGGUUCUCCUCUGCAUUGUAACGGCGUUCUCACUAGUCACUAAUCAUAACCACAUGAAAAUAUCUGUUGAUUUAUCUACGUUUGUUGACGCCUUGUAUGCUUUACUUCCGUAUAUUUCAUUGGAUGCUGAUAUCGAAUUUUCGCAAAAGACUCUUAGGUUGGCUGAUCCAUUGAAUAAUGAAUUAAUCAAACCUUCAGUCAAUGUAUCCACCAAAGCUGAACUUCUGCUAAAAGCUCUGGAUCAUAUAUUUUUCAGGUCAAAAUCCAGUACUAAACAAAGGGCUUCCGCUUUUACAAAGAGAUUAUAUAUGACCAUUACACAUACCCCAGAGAGGACGACGAUCGCUAUAUUAAAGUUUUUAGAUAAACUAAUGACCAAAUACUCCGAAAUAGGCGGUUUGUAUUCAACAGAAGAUAGAAUUGGUAAUGGUAAUUUUCAUAUGGAAGCGUCUACACCCGGUAGAAGUAACUCAGAAGCCGCUACCAUUUGGGAAAAUACUCUGUUGUUCAACCACUAUUGUCCAACUGUAGCUUCAGCUUCCAAGACCUUGUUUAAUAGAUCUAGAGAAACAUUAAAAUGA